AUGAGUUCGUCAGUUGGCGCCCAGGAAGAAAUUGUAAAGAAAAUCAGAAGAAAUGCUAUGAGAGGCAAGUGGCAAGAAGUAUUUGAAACAUACAAGCAAGAAAGGGCACUUCGCACAGCCAAGAUAACGGGGACAGGAGACACGAUAUUACACAUGGCUGUGUCUAAUGGACAAGCGAAGCUGGUAGCAGACGUGGUGGAGUUAUUAGUUCUUGAAGAGAAUAAUCCACCUCAGAAUAAUGUAGUGGUUAUAAUGGAAGGAGAACGCGGGGAGAGCCAAAAUAUGGACAUCGUCCUUGGGGUUGAGAAUGAUGAAAAAAAUACUCCUUUGCAUUUAGCAGCAAGAAGGGGCAACGUUGAAAUGUGCAAGAAGAUUGGUAGUAGAGUUCCCUCCCUAAUUGCUAGACGCAACAUCUCUGGUGAGACACCCCUUUUCCUAGCAGCUGUCUAUGGAAGAAGAGAAGCUUUCCUUUGGCUUCAUUAUCAAUAUAUGGGUAGUCCUGGAGUUUCUCCAACUGACUUUGCUCACUGUAUAAGGGACAACGACGAUACCAUUCUUCACUGUGCGCUUGCAGAAGGAUGUGGCAAUAGAAAUAAUUCACCUUUAUAA